GUGAGUGAAAUUCGGGACACGCAAACCUGUUUGUCCCCUUUGGAAGAUUUCACCCGCCUUUUAGCAGCAAGGGCAUUGAAAGUAAAGAUGAUUUCAUAACAUGGUAGCCUUCAUCCUGUUUGGCAGUCCAAGGCUGCUCUUUCUGCAUGUCAGUCAGGGAGAAAAGAUAACGUAUGAAAUCAAACACAACGCGCCUAAGGUUUCCCUUGAAAGAAAAAUGUUUCCUGUUUAGAAGGAAUCUCAAAAGCAGCUGUCCAAACAGCCUCUCUCUCUCUAUUUUUCUAUCGCACGAAUCGCUCCCUCUCCUCUUUUGAAGUUUAGAAAACGGGCUGGUCCUCGGAGUGAUGUCACCUCCCUCCCGUACGGGCAAUCGACCACUAGCGGCGCGCGUCCCCGAAGAGACGCUCGGCACCCCUCGUUACGCACGGAACCUUAACCGCACGCGACAUGCGUUGCCUCCCAUUGACGAUGCGUUCGGAACUACUUCGUCGCAUCGGGACUUUUGCGGGGUCUUGUAGCGGCGGCUUAGCGUUAGGCUCCGGCAGCAGUGAUUCUUUCGGAGGUCGUUACCAUUACGCGCGCUUCGACUCGACGUCUCGGCUGUGCGGGAGGACAAGCGGAAGGCGCACGCACCAACAUGACGCACCGGGGCAGUUUUGAGCCGCGAUGGAUCCGAGUGAGGUGAACGUGUUCGAAAAUGUCUCCCGUGAUAUUAACGGCACGGACGCGCCGCUCGAGUGGCCCCACGCGAUGCCGGCCGCUGCGCUCAUCAUCGCGGUGGUGGCCGCGAUCAUCUCCGUGACGAUCGUGGGGAACGUGUUGGUGAUCGUGGCGGUGCUGACGAGCAGGGCUCUCCGCGCCCCUCAAAACCUCUUCCUGGUUUCUUUGGCCUCGGCGGACAUCCUGGUGGCCACCCUGGUCAUCCCCUUCUCGCUGGUAAACGAGGUGAUGGGCUACUGGUACUUCGGAAGCACUUGGUGCGCAUUUUAUCUGGCGCUGGACGUGCUGUUCUGCACCUCCUCGAUCGUGCACCUGUGCGCCAUCAGUUUGGAUCGCUAUUGGUCCGUCACCAAGGCGGUGAGCUACAACCUGAAGAGGACUCCGAAGCGCAUUAAAUCCAUGAUCGCGAUGGUGUGGGUGAUCUCGGCGGUCAUCUCCUUCCCCCCUCUCCUCAUGACCAAGCACGAUGAGCGUGAGUGUCUGAUCAACGACGAGACCUGGUAUAUCCUCUCCUCCUGCGCUGUGUCCUUCUUUGCGCCGGGUCUCAUCAUGAUCUUGGUCUACUGUAAGAUCUACAAAGUGGCAAAGCAGCGCUCCUCCACGGUGUUCGUGGCCAAAAACGGACUGGAGAGGCAGCCCUCCCAGUCAGAAACCUGCUUCGUCCGCAACGACCGCUUCGAGAUGGAGAGUCCCAGCAGCCAAAGUUCGGGCAGCCAUCCGCCGAGACAAGGUGAGCUUGACGACAUCGACCUGGAGGAGAGCUGCUGUCCCUCGGAUACCAAACCACGCAAUCACCACUUUAGCGGAAGGGGGAAAAUGAAGGGCUCGGACUGCUGCUCGUCGCAGAAGCGUCGUGUUUCCUGGGCUUCGUCCCGUACGUCACAGCUCUACCCGGAGCAAAAACAUGUACCGGUCGGGCGCCAACACGCUGCCGCUGUAAACAAGACCAAAGUGGCCCAGAUGCGUGAGAAGCGCUUCACUUUCGUGCUGGCCGUGGUGAUGGGGGUUUUUGUGCUCUGCUGGUUCCCCUUCUUUUUCACCUACAGCCUCCACGCCAUCUGCAGGGACAGCUGCUACAUCCCUGGCACGCUUUUCAACCUUUUCUUUUGGAUUGGCUACUGCAACAGCUCGGUCAACCCCAUCAUUUACACCAUUUUCAAUAGGGAUUUCAGGAAAGCCUUCAAAAAAAUCAUUUGGCCCACUCCUAGGCGCACAUAAACACAGGAAGGCUUUCUGGGUGGCAAAGCUGCUUUCCCAGCUUUCUUUGGCGAGAGCGAGCAAGGAAUUCAGGCAGAUUAACACAACUCAGCCUGGAGCUGAUUAUUUCCCCUCUGCACAAUUAUGAAGUGACUCCUGGAACAAUGGGUGUUGUACUGUACACAUGCAGACCACAAUGUUUACUAAAAUGUUGAGCAAAGUCCAAAAUAUAUGAAUAACCCUCUGGAAUGUGCACGGUCAGUAUUAAAAAUGUACCUCAAAAAUGCUUCCGUUGGUGACUGUCUGCAAACAUUUAAGAAAA